UGAGAGUGAGUCCAACCAAACCCUCCGCCGACCGCCGUACCCGUGCGCGUGCGAGACCGCCGCGGGGAGCGAGCGACCCAGGCCGAGAUCGGGAAAUUUCCCCAUCUGCGCCCCCCACCCCCACCACACCCGCUCCGUCCCACGGCAUGGAUCCCGUCGCCGACGCGCCGGACCCGCCGGGCUCUGCGGCCACCGUCCUCGACACCCUGGGCGAGGAGGUGCUGGCGGUCAUGUCCCCGGUCUCCAUCUGCAUGGCCCUCGUCGUCCUUCUCAUCACGCUCCUCGCGCCGCCCUCCUCCCCCCCCUCCGCGCCGCCCCCCGUCACCGCCGCCACGCUCGUCUACCUCGAGUCCCCCUCCGACUCCCCGGCCCAGAAGCUCGUCGGCGCGCUCCUCGACGCCGUCGUCUUCAUCGCGCUCGUCGCCGUCGUCACGUUCGUCCUUGUCGCGCUCUACUACUACCGCUGCACCGGCUUCCUCAAGAACUACAUGCGCUUCUCCGCCUUCUUCGUCCUCUUCUCCAUGGGCGGCGCCAUCGCCGUCGCCCUCCUCCGCCGCCUCGACGCCCCGCUCGACGCGCCCACCGCGCUCCUGCUCCUAUUCAACGCAUCAGCCGUCGGCGUCCUCUCCGUCUUCGCAUCCGCGGUACCCAUCCUCGUCCGCCAGGGAUACAUGGUCGCGCUCGCCGUCAUCGUCGCCGCCUGGCUCUCCAGGCUCCCCGAGUGGACCACCUGGAUCAUGCUCCUCGCCCUCGCCGUUUAUGACCUCGUCGCCGUGCUCGCGCCAAGGGGCCCGCUCAGGAUGCUUGUGGAGCUCGCAUCAUCCAGGGACGACGAACUCCCGGCGCUCAUCUACGAAUCACGCCCCACGGUAGGCCCAGCCGAGACUUCCUCCUCCUAUGCUCCGGCAAUGUGGUCCGAGGAGUCGCAGCACCACGAUUCUGCUGCACGAUCGGGUCCAAACCUCUAUGACAGGGUGGGUCAGCACGAUGAUUCGGCUCCUGCCAUGGUAGAAAUGAGGGAUCUUGGCUCAACAAGCCGUGACAUGGCUACCUCAAAUCAAGCUGUAACAGGGCAGACAUCAAAUCAAGGUGGGAGUGCACAGCAUGCUGUCAUUCAGAUCGAGCGGCGUCAGGAAGAAGAAUUAGAGACAGCUCCAUUGGUGUCAGCGGCAUCUGCCAACCCUACCGUCGCCAAUGAGGAACAUACACAAAUUUCUUCAUCAGAACCUCCCGAGGAGGAGUUUGAGAUGUUUGAGUCUAGCAGGGGCAUCAAGCUGGGACUUGGCGAUUUUGUCUUCUACAGCGUGCUUGUGGGGAGGGCUGCCAUGUAUGAUCUCAUGACGGUGUAUGCGUGCUACCUUGCCAUCAUCGCCGGGCUUGGCUGCACCCUCAUCUUGCUGUCGAUAUGCAGACAUGCAUUGCCGGCACUCCCAAUCUCCAUCAUGCUGGGAGUCGUGUUCUACUUCUUGACGCGGUUGCUGAUGGAGCCAUUUGUUGUCGGUGCUUCAACCAAUUUGGUCAUGUUCUGAGUUGCUUCGACCAAUUUGGUGAUGUUCUGAGUUCUGACUAAUGUUAUGUUGUCCUUGUUACAUGUGUGUCAAGCGAAAAAGCAAUUGAGAACAUCAUGUGGGAGUGAUUACUAGUUUGUUGGUCACAUCUUGUAGGUAGACAGUCAUGUAGUUAUGUUAUGACUAGGAAAUGUCAUUGAGACUUUAGACUCUUAAGUAAGGUAACAUCAGUUUUAUCUGGGAUUAACCAGUCCAUGUCUUGUCGUAUAGUUCUAUCAACAUUGCAUGGUAUUCGAGAAUAACACAUUUGCAAUUUAAGUAUCAUUUUUUA